AUGCACCAGAAGCUCGAAGAAUUAUGUCACUGCGGUGCUGUGAAGUUCACACUUGAGUCUGGCUCGGCGGUGCCGUAUCAGCUCUGCUUCUGCGGCACCUGUAGAAAAGUUGCGGCUGGUGCGGGUGGCACCAUCAACCUCGGCGGUAUCGCGAAGGAGAAGAGCAUAUCAGGCACGUCUAUCCUUCGCAUGCGCGGUUCGAUGCGUUUGACUGAAUCUCUGAUGUUCAGAGCGGAGCUUCUGUUCCAAGUGUUCUACCAUGCUAUGGCUUUGGGACGCGCAGUGACCCGAGCUUGGCAUCCAUUCGCGUCUGCUAUUGAUUCACCCCUGAAGCCGCCAAAGGAGAUGGCAUGCAUCCUCAUGGACUCGAAGGCUGAGUGGGCUUGCUUGCCUGAAGGUCCAAAGAAGAUCUACGACCACUACGGGUCGGGUUCGCUCGAGGAUUGGCACAAGCACAGCGGCGAAUGUGUAGAGUAG